CCGCUGUUGGUCAAUAUGUCAGUGUAGAGAGCAGAUCUGCUGCAGUUCCACCCCCAUCAUCUCCAUAUUAUUAGAGAGAGACAGAAGCUGAGAGCACAGUGUGAGGAGGAGAGAGAAGACAAAACACGGAGAUACUCUAUUCAUUAUCAUUCUCUUGGAUUUACAGAAUUUUCUUCUUUUCACUUUGGAUAUUCACAUGAUUCCCUUCAGUUUCUUGGAUCAAAUUAUUUGUCUUCUGCUUUAAUCUUCGUUCUCUGGGCUCCUGCAAAAUGUCGGACAGAACAAUGGCGCGGCAAGUACUGCUGUUUAUUUGGUUUCUCUCUCUCAGUUCAGCUCUCGGGCAGGUCAGUUACUCCAUUCCUGAGGAAAUGGCCAAAGGCUCUUUAGUCGGGAACAUAGCGCAGGAUUUGGGUUUAGAUUUAAAGAGGCUGAAAUCGGGGAAAGCGCGGAUUUAUACAGGAGACAGCGCUGAAUACAUCGAGCUGAAUAAAGAAAGAGGAGUCCUCCUUAUCAAAGAGAGAAUAGACCGAGAGGCGCUGUGCGGACAGACAACGCCUUGCGCGCUGCAUCUGCAGAUCAUACUCGAAAAUCCCAUGGAGUUUUUUAGUGUUACUAUUGAAAUAACAGAUAUUAAUGACAACACUCCCAGUUUUAAAAAGACAAAGGUUAUUUUUAGAAUCAGCGAAUUAGCGGUUUUAGGCUCUAAAUUUAUGUUGGAGCCUGCUGUAGAUCUCGACGUGGGAAUUAAUGGUCUUCAGAGCUAUAUGCUGAAACCAACAGAUAAUUUUAACCUUAAAUUUAAAAAUCAAGCAGGAGACGGAAAACAUGUGGAAAUGAUUUUGCAAAAACCUUUAGAUCGUGAAAAACAGAAUGAAAUCAAAUUAGUCCUCACAGCUGUUGAUGGAGGAGAUCCUCAGUUAUCUGGAAGUAUAGAUAUUCACAUCACUGUGUUAGACGUAAAUGACAACGCGCCUGUUUUCAUGCAGUCCGUUUAUAAAGCAACUGUGACAGAAAAUGCGCCAAAAGACACGAUUGUGUCCACAGUGAGCGCAACUGACGCCGACGAGGGUAUAAAUAGUAAAAUAGAGUAUUCCAUUGCCAACAUGGAAGAUGAUGUUCAGCAGUUAUUUACCAUUAAUAGAGAUAAUGGUCAAGUCAGUGUGGUCGGCAUAAUAGAUUUUGAAAGAGCUCGUAACUAUGAGAUACGCGUGCAGGCGAGUGAUCACGGUGACCUGACUGAUUCUUGUAAAAUAAUAGUUGAUGUUAUUGAUGUAAAUGAUAAUAAACCGGUGAUUAAUAUUAUGUCCAAAACAAACGUGAUAGCUGAAAAUUCUCCGUCUGAAACCGUGGUUACAAUGAUAAAUGUCCAGGAUGCUGAUUCAGGGGAAAAUGGGAAAGUUCAGUGUUCUGUUAAUGAAAAUAUUCCCUUUUCUCUUAAAUCCACUAAUAAUAAUUUCUUCAGUUUAGUCACUGAUGGUGAUUUAGAUCGCGAGAGAGAGUCUGAGUAUGACAUCAGUGUGACGUGUGCUGAUGAGGGCGUGCCCUCUCUCUCCAGCAGCGUCACUCUCUCCUUACAGAUAUCAGAUGUGAAUGAUAACCCGCCUGUCUUUGAGCAGAGCUCAUAUCAGGCCUCUGUUCAGGAAAACAACACACCUGGUCUUUCCAUAUUCACAGUCAGAGCCAGAGACGCAGAUUUUAACCAGAACGCCCGUGUGUCCUACAUACUGGAGGACUCGUCGGUUAACGGAGUGCCCGUCUCCUCGUUAGUGUCCGUUAGUGCUGAUAGUGGAGUCAUACAUGCAGUGCGAUCUUUCGAUUACGAGCAGAUCAAAGAAUUUCAGUUCCGCGUAAAAGCGCAGGACGGAGGCUCUCCUCCUCUCAGCAGCAACGCGAGCGUCAAAAUCCUGAUUCAGGACCAGAAUGACAACGCGCCUCAGGUUCUGUAUCCGGUCCAGUCAGGCGCUUCUGUGGUGGCUGAAAUAGUGCCUCGUUCGGCAGAUGUGGGUUAUCUGGUGACUAAAGUGGUGGCUGUUGAUGUGGACUCUGGACAGAACGCCUGGCUCUCCUAUAAACUGCACAAAGCCACAGACAGGGCGCUGUUUGAAGUGGGCGCACAGAAUGGAGAAAUCAGAACUGUCCGGCAAGUGACAGAUAAAGAUGCUGUCAAACAAAGACUCACUGUUGUAGUGGAGGACAACGGGCAGCCCUCUCGAUCAGCUACAGUCAAUGUUAACGUGGCGGUGGCGGACAGCUUCCCUGAGGUGCUCUCGGAGUUCACCGACUUUACGCACGACAAGGAAUACAACGACAACCUGACUUUCUAUUUGGUCUUGGCCUUGGCUGUAGUGUCGUUUCUCUUUAUCGUGUCCAUCAUCGCCAUACUGUCAGUCAAAUGCUACAGAUGGAGACGCGAGCGGAUGUUUUAUAAGUCUGGAGCGAAUCUUCCAGUUAUUCCGUAUUACCCGCCUCUUUACGCAGAUGUAGGAGGCACAGGAACUUUACAGCACGUGUACAAUUAUGAGGUUUGCAGAACCACUGACUCCAGAAAAAGUGAUGUGAAAUACGGCAGACCUUGCAGUGAGAGCAUCAUUAGUCUGGACACCAGUGGAACACAGACACUCACGCAUGCGCAAAGAGGAAAACUGGUCAGUGGAGAUUUUGAUGAUCAGUUCCCUUCAAGUUCUAGGAUCAAAUUAUUUGUCUUCUGCUUUAAUCUUCGUUUUCUGGUCUCCUGCAAAAUGUCGGACAGAACAAUGGCGCGGCAAGUACUGCUGUUUAUUUGGUUUCUCUCUCUCAGUUCAGCUCUCGGGCAGGUCAGUUACUCCAUUCCUGAGGAAAUGGCCAAAGGCUCUUUAGUCGGGAACAUAGCGCAGGAUUUGGGUUUAGAUUUAAAGAGGCUGAAAUCGGGGAAAGCGCGGAUUUAUACAGGAGACAGCGCUGAAUACAUCGAGCUGAAUAAAGAAAGAGGAGUCCUCCUUAUCAAAGAGAGAAUAGACCGAGAGGCGCUGUGCGGACAGACAACGCCUUGCGCGCUGCAUUUUCAGAUCAUUCUCGAAAAUCCAAUGCAGCUAUACAGAGUAACAGUUGAAAUACAAGACAUUAAUGAUAACGCUCCUGUAUUCAGUCGUAAUGAGAUGAAAUUUGAAAUUAGCGAAUUGGCUCAGACAGGAGCUAAAUUUGAUUUGGAGACUGCAGUAGACACUGAUGUGGGAUUAAAUGGUCUUCAAAGAUAUACACUGAAGCCGAGUGAUAAUUUUAUUGUGAAAACUCACAGUUUACCAGAUGGUAGUAAAUCGGUCGAAAUGGUUCUACAGAAACCCCUGGAUCGCGAAAAUCAAGAUCAUAUUUCUUUAUUGUUAACAGCGGUCGAUGGCGGCGAGGUUCAGAUGUCAGGCACAAUGCUGAUACACAUUACUGUCUUGGACGCGAAUGAUAACGCUCCUGUUUGCAGUCAGUCAGUAUACAAAGCUACUAUAGCCGAGAACUCGGCAAAGGGCACCGUGUUGACCACAGUAAGCGCGUCCGACGCAGAUGAUGGCUCUAACGGCGUCGUCACGUAUUCAUUGUCCUCCGCAGCGUCAGCAAACCUGUUUGAAAUUGGCCAAUAUGAUGGUGUCCUCCGGCUAAUUGGAAAUGUUGAUUACGAAAAAAACAAACACCAUCAGAUAGCGAUUCAAGCCAGUGAUCAGGGAGGGCACACUGAUUCUUGUAAAGUAAUUAUUGACGUCACAGAUGUGAACGACAACAAGCCAGUUAUCAGUUUAAUGUCCAAAUCAAGUGACAUUUCUGAAAAUGCCACACCAGAGACGGUUGUUGCAAUGAUGAACAUACAAGACGCAGAUACGAAUGAAAAUGGCAUUGUAAAAUGUGUAUUAAAUGAAAACAUUCCUUUCAUCAUUCAGUCUUCGUCGGAUGGCUUUUACAGCCUCGUUACUGAUGGUGAUUUAGAUCGCGAGAGAGAGUCUGAGUAUGACAUCAGUGUGACGUGUGCUGAUGAGGGCGUGCCCUCUCUCUCCAGCAGCGUCACUCUCUCCUUACAGAUAUCAGAUGUGAAUGAUAACGCGCCUGUCUUUGAGCAGAGCUCAUAUCAGGCCUCUGUUCAGGAAAACAACACACCUGGUCUUUCCAUAUUCACAGUCAGAGCCAGAGACGCAGAUUUUAACCAGAACGCCCGUGUGUCCUACAUACUGGAGGACUCGUCGGUUAACGGAGUGCCCGUCUCCUCGUUAGUGUCCGUUAGUGCUGAUAGUGGAGUCAUACAUGCAGUGCGAUCUUUCGAUUACGAGCAGAUCAAAGAGUUCCAGUUCCGCGUAAAAGCGCAGGACGGAGGCUCUCCUCCUCUCUGCAGCAACGCGAGCGUCAAAAUCCUGAUUCAGGACCAGAAUGACAACGCGCCUCAGGUUCUGUAUCCGGUACAGUCAGGCGCUUCUGUGGUGGCUGAAAUAGUGCCUCGUUCGGCAGAUGUGGGUUAUCUGGUGACUAAAGUGGUGGCUGUUGAUGUGGACUCUGGACAGAACGCCUGGCUCUCCUAUAAACUGCACAAAGCCACAGACAGGGCGCUGUUUGAAGUGGGCGCACAGAAUGGAGAAAUCAGAACUGUCCGGCAAGUGACAGAUAAAGAUGCUGUCAAACAAAGACUCACUGUUGUAGUGGAGGACAACGGGCAGCCCUCUCGAUCAGCUACAGUCAAUGUUAACGUGGCGGUGGCGGACAGCUUCCCUGAGGUGCUCUCGGAGUUCACCGACUUUACGCACGACAAGGAAUACAACGACAACCUGACUUUCUAUCUCGUCUUGGCCUUGGCUGUAGUGUCGUUUCUCUUUAUCGUGUCCAUCAUCGCCAUACUGUCAGUCAAAUGCUACAGAUGGAGACGCGAGCGGAUGUUUUAUAAGUCUGGAGCGAAUCUUCCAGUUAUUCCGUAUUAUCCGCCUCUUUACGCAGAUGUAGGAGGCACAGGAACUUUACAGCACGUGUACAAUUAUGAGGUUUGCAGAACCACUGACUCCAGAAAGAGUGAUGUGAAAUACGGCAGAGCUUGCAGUGAGAGCAUCAUUAGUCUGGACACCAGUGGGACACAGACACUCACGCAUGCGCAAAGGGGAAAACUGGUCAGUGGGGAUUUUGAUGAUCAGGUGAGAAUUGUUUCAUAACUUUUACAAUGCUUUUAUUAAAAAAAAAAAAACUU